AUGGCCGCUGCGGCCGGGGACGGCGCGGUGAAGCCGCUGCAGAGCGCUAUGAAGCUGGCCAACGGGGCCAUCGAGCUGGACACUGGCAACCGACCCCGGGAGGCGUAUACAGAAUACUUGAGGAGCAUCCACUACAUAUCCCAGGUGCUGCUGGAAGAAGCAGAAACCACCAAAGAAGCCUGGGAAACAGUUUCCUCAGACACCUCAAAGAUGCUGAAGCUGGCUCAACAAUGUUUGGAGAGGGCUCAGUUGACUGCUUCUAACUUGGAGAAACGGUGCCUGAAGCCAGCCAAGCCUGUGAAUGCUUCAGUUCCUUCACCAGCCAGCCGACACCGCCGCGUGUAUUCAGAUGAAGGGGGAAAGCUCUCCCCUUUUCUACCCCCUGAGAUCUUCCAGAAACUUCAGAUGGUAGAGUCGCAAAACUCCAAGAAAGAGCUCACACCCUUGGAGGAGGCCUCCCUGCAGAACCAGAAGUUGAAGACGGCCUAUGAGGCUCGCGUGGCCCGCCUGGAUCCCAGUCAGGCUGUACAGAAGACCUCCCUGACCCUGUCCUUGCAGCGGCAGAUGAUGGAGAAUCUAGUGAUUGCCAAAGCUCGAGAGGAGACACUCCAGAGAAAGAUGGAGGAGCGCCGCCUGCGGCUACAGGAGGCAACCAACAGGAGGUUCUGCAGCCAGGUCGCCCUUAGCCAGGAGGAACGGGAGCAGCGGGCCCUCUACACCGCCAUCCUUGAGUAUGAGCAGGACCACGACUGGCCAAAGCUCUGGAAAGCCAAACUCAAGAGAAGCCCUGGGGAUCUGUCGUUGGUGACCAGCCUGGUCUCCCACCUCCUCAGCCUUCCCGAGCACCCCAUCUCUCAGCUCCUGCGGAAGCUCCAGAGUAUGGUGUACGGCGCGCUCUACCCAGUGGUGAGCAGGGCCAUGCUCAGUGCUGCACCUGCCCCCGGCUGCUGCUCGGUGCCCACAGACGCCAAUGCGUCAGUGGCCCCAGGGAGCCGGCGGCUACGUGCCUCUCAGAGCUUCCACUGUGUGCUGUGCCCCCCGGAGCCAGCUCCAGGAUCACAAGAUGGGGCCCCAGACAGAGGGGCGGAUGGCAGUCUUUUGCCGCCCCCCUCGCCCCUGGGGAACUGUGCAUCCCAUCUGCGGGACAAGGACAGCUCCUUCGAGGACCUGGAACAGUUCUUGGCAACUUCCGAGAGGUGGGGCCUGGGCCCUGGGGGGCGGUCCGAACCUCAGAACCCCGGAGCUAAAAGAGAGCCAUUGCUGGAGCAGCUGAGGAGCACAGUGAAGGACAUCCACAAUGCCAUCGACAGGCUGCUUUCGCUGACCCUUCUGGCCUUCGAGGGCCUGAACACAGCUUCUGCCAAGGACCGCUGCCUGGCCAGCCUGGAGGAGGCCUUCUUCUCCCCAUUGUGGGCCCCAGUGCUGGCCUUGUAUAGGAGUGUGUACCGAGCCCGGGAGGUGACCCUGAGCAGAAGCAUGGAGCUCUACAGGAACAUGGCCCCCACAGCCCUCGGUGUCCCCACCAAGCUCCUCCCGCAGGACACCCAGGACCCAGGCACCUACCCCUACCGCAGUGCGGUCCAGGAGCUGGGACUGCUGGUCCUGGAGAGCUGCCCCCAGAAGAAGCUGGAGUGCAUUGUGAGAACCCUACGGGUCAUCUGUGCAUGUGCAGAGGACUGCUGCCGGGCACAGGAGGCCAAGGCCCCACCAGGUGCUGCCGCCAUUGGAGCCGAUGACCUGCUGCCGAUCUUGUCUUUCGUGGUGCUGAGAAGUGGCCUCCCCCAGCUGGUGUCGGAAUGCGCAGCAUUGGAGGAGUUCAUCCAUGAGGGGUACCUGAUUGGAGAGGAAGGUUACUGCUUGACCUCGCUGCAGAGCGCCCUGAACUACGUGGAGCUGCUGCCGCGGGGAGCCCUGGGCAAGAGGGUUGGGGAUCUGGUGGUGAAUGAGCUCGUGUCCCCGGGGCAACUGCGGGCAGGAACCUCUCUUCCGCAGCAGACAGCAUUGGCGAGAGGCGGUACUCGGAUUAAGCGCCGCCGCUACGUCACGGUCAGCGAGCGGAGUCAAGUCCUGGUGGAAGCGCUUGGCUGGCCGGAGGCUGAGCCGCAGAGAUCGGGAAUCUCUGGGGACAGGCAGGUAGCGCCUGUGCCCGUGGAGCCUGUGAGAUCGGACUGCAUGACCUGGGGGCGCUCUGCUUGCGGGGGCGAAGUCUGCAGUCUUGGGGGGCUCUCAGGCACGGAGAGCUGGUGUAGGCGACUCUCACAUCGGACCACCACCUCCGUCGUUUUCCGGGAAGGUCCUGGGGGCGGGGUCUACAAGCUAGGGGGCGCCUUGGAUGCCGGGCUUGGGGUGCCGAGGACGUGCAGCUGA